AUGGCUCACGCCGCGGCUCACAUUAAGAAGGCCAGGUCCGAGAUGGAUCAACCUCCGGACCUGAAGGCUCUGGAGAAAGCCAGAGAGAGGAGGAGGCGUUCGCGGGAACGGGCCGAACGCAAGCGCAAGUCGGACAGUAACACCAGUUUCCUGCGAGCGGCGAGGGCAGGGAACAUCGACAAAGUUUUGGAAUAUCUGAAAGGGGGAGUGGACAUCAGCACCUGCAAUCAGAAUGGUCUUAAUGCACUGCACCUGGCAGCCAAGGAGGGCCACGUGGACCUGGUCCAGGAGCUGCUGGAUAGAGGUGCAGCAGUGGAUUCGGCCACAAAGAAAGGAAACACGGCGCUUCACAUAUCCUCUCUAGCUGGUCAGGCCGAUGUAGUGAAGAUCCUGGUCAAACGAGGAGCUGACAUCAACGCACAGUCUCAGAAUGGGUUCACUCCUCUGUACAUGGCCGCUCAGGAGAAUCACCUGGAUGUGGUGCGAUACCUGCUCGAGAAUGGAGGCAACCAGAGCACUGCGACAGAGGAUGGCUUCACCCCUCUGGCCAUCGCCCUCCAACAGGGCCACAACCAGGUGGUCUCCAUCUUACUGGAGAACGAUACUAAAGGCAAGGUCCGCCUGCCUGCCUUGCACAUUGCUGCCCGCAAGGACGACACCAAGUCGGCGGCGCUGCUCCUCCAGAACGACCACAACGCUGAUGUCCAGUCGAAGAUGAUGGUCAAUAGGACUACUGAGAAUGGCAAGAGUGGAUUCACCCCCCUGCAUAUCGCUGCCCACUAUGGCAACGUCAAUGUGGCCACGCUCCUGCUGAACCGAGGGGCGGCCGUAGACUUCACAGCGAGGAAUGGGAUUACCCCGCUACAUGUGGCAUCCAAGCGCGGCAACACUAACAUGGUCGGUCUGCUACUGGACCGAGGCUCUCAGAUCGAUGCUAAAACAAGGGACGGCCUGACUCCCCUUCACUGUGCAGCUCGGAGUGGACAUGACACAUCCGUGGAGCUGCUGCUGGAGAGAGGAGCUCCCUUGCUGGCCAGGACCAAGAACGGGCUGUCUCCUCUUCACAUGGCGGCACAAGGCGACCAUGUUGAGUGUGUCAAACACCUUCUGCAGCACAAGGCUCCUGUUGAUGACGUCACUUUGGACUACCUGACGGCGUUACAUGUGGCAGCUCACUGCGGCCACUACAGAGUCACCAAACUGCUGCUGGACAAGAGGGCCAACCCCAACGCCAGGGCACUGAAUGGCUUCACUCCGCUGCACAUAGCCUGUAAGAAGAACCGGGUGAAAGUGAUGGAGCUGCUGGUCAAAUAUGGAGCCUCUAUCCAGGCCAUUACAGAGUCUGGUUUGACUCCCAUCCACGUAGCAGCCUUCAUGGGUCACCUGAACAUCGUCCUGCUGCUGCUGCAGAACGGAGCCUCGCCUGACGUCAGCAAUAUUCGUGGAGAAACAGCGUUACACAUGGCAGCCAGGGCAGGCCAGGUGGAGGUGGUCAGAUGUCUGCUGAGGAACGGAGCAAUGGUGGACGCCAGGGCACGGGAGGACCAGACCCCCCUCCACAUUGCAUCCCGUCUGGGAAAAACAGAGAUCGUGCAGCUGCUGCUGCAACACAUGGCCCAUCCUGAUGCCGCCACAACCAACGGCUACACCCCCCUGCACAUCUCCGCCCGGGAGGGGCAGGUGGAGACAGCCUCUGUCCUGCUAGAGGCCGGAGCCUCACACUCACUGGCCACCAAGAAAGGUUUUACUCCCCUGCAUGUGGCCUCCAAGUAUGGAAGCCUAGAUGUGGCCAAACUUCUGCUGCAGCGCCGCGCUCCACCUGAUUCUGUUGGGAAGAAUGGCCUCACCCCGCUCCAUGUCGCAGCACAUUACGAUAACCAGAAGGUGGCGCUCCUGCUUUUGGAUAAAGGAGCGUCCCCCCACACUAUGGCCAAGAACGGCUACACUCCUCUCCACAUCGCGGCUAAGAAGAACCAGAUGGAAAUCGCCACAGUGCUGCUGCAGUACGGAGCCGAGACCAACAUUCUGACCAAGCAGGGCGUCACUCCGCUCCAUCUGGCCUCCCAGGAGGGCCACGCAGACAUGGCUGCCCUGCUGAUGAGCAAGGGAGCCCAGAUCAACGUCCAGACUAAGAGUGGCCUGACUGCCCUCCAUCUGGCAGCCCAGGAGGAUAAAGUGGCUGUGGCCGAGAUCCUAGCCAGGAACGGAGCCAACCUCGACCAGCAGACCAAAUUGGGAUACACCCCGCUAAUUGUAGCAUGUCACUAUGGUAACGCCAAGAUGGUCAACUUCCUGCUUCAGAACGGAGCCAGUGUCAACGCCAAGACCAAGAAUGGAUACACUCCUCUCCACCAGGCAGCCCAGCAAGGAAACACACACAUCAUCAACGUACUGCUGCAAAACGGUGCCAAGCCCAACGCUAUCACUGUGAAUGGUAACACUGCUCUGGGUAUCGCUCGGAGGCUGGGCUACAUCUCCGUGGUGGACACGCUGAGGGUCGUCACUGAGGAGAUCAUUACCACCACAACGACGGUGACAGAGAAACACAAGCUGAACGUGCCAGAGACCAUGACUGAAGUGCUGGAUGUCUCCGAUGAAGAGGGUGAUGACACGAUGACAGGUGAUGGAGGGGAGUAUCUGAGGGCCGAGGACCUCAGGGAGCUGGGAGAUGACUCCCUGCCAGGACAGUAUCUGGAUGGGAUGAACUACCUCCGCUUCAGCCUGGAGGGGGGACGCACCGACAGUUUUCUUCUCUGCUCCAACAGUUCCGACAGGUCCUUCACACCCACCCACCACAGCUACUACUCCCCUAAACAUGAAGGCAUGAUGGAUGAGAUGCUCAACUGUCACCAGGUUUCGUCACUCGCCAGGGAGAGUGAGAGGGAUUCAUACCGUCUGAGCUGGGGCACAGAGAACCUGGACAAUGUGGCUUUAUCCUCCAGCCCCAUUCACUCUGGCCAUUCCUCUCCGUGCCAUGAUCAUGGAGACCACAGCAGCUUCCUGGUUAGCUUCAUGGUGGAUGCCAGGGGUGGAGCCAUGCGUGGUUGCCGGCACAACGGCCUACGCAUCAUCAUCCCGCCCAGGAAGUGCAGUGCGCCCACACGGGUGACGUGCCGGCUGGUGAAGAGACACCGUCUGGCCACCAUGCCCCCUAUGGUUGAGGGCGAGGGCCUGGCCAGCAGGCUCAUCGAGGUGGGGCCCUCUGGAGCACAGUUCCUUGGUCCUGUGAUUGUGGAGAUUCCCCACUUUGCUGCGCUGCGGGGUAAAGAGAGGGAGCUGGUGAUCCUGAGGAGUGAGACUGGAGAGAGCUGGAAGGAGCAUCACUGUGAACACACCCAAGAGGAACUUAACCAGAUACUCAACGGCAUGGAUGAGGAGCUGGACACACCAGAAGAGCUGGAGAGGAAGCGCAUUUGCCGUAUCAUCACUAGAGAUUUCCCCCAGUACUUUGCGGUGGUGUCGCGCAUCAAGCAAGACAGUAAUCUGAUUGGUCCUGAAGGAGGCAUCCUGAGCAGCACUGUUGUGCCCCAAGUACAGGCAGUUUUCCCUGAGGGGGCCCUCACCAAGAGGAUCAGGGUCGGACUACAGGCCCAGCCAGUCAAUGUGGAUGUAGUGAGGAAGAUCCUGGGGAACAAAGCCACCUUCAGUCCAAUCGUCACCCUGGAACCCCGCAGGAGGAAGUUCCACAAACCCAUUACCAUGACCAUCCCUGUCCCCAAGAGCAACUCCGACCCAGUCCUCAAUGGCUUCGGAGGGGACACCCCCACUUUACGACUUCUCUGUAGUAUCACUGGUGGAACAACGCCUGCUCAGUGGGAAGACAUAACAGGAACAACUCCCUUAACAUUUAUCAAUGACUGUGUCUCCUUUACCACCAAUGUGUCUGCCAGAUUUUGGCUGAUAGACUGUCGACAAGUCCAGGAAUCCGUCAACUUCUCCACUCAGGUGUACCGAGAGAUCAUCUGUGUCCCUUACAUGGCCAAGUUUGUUAUCUUUGCCAAGACCCAUGACCCCAUUGAGGCCCGACUGCGCUGCUUCUGUAUGACAGACGACAAGAUCGACAAAACCCUGGAGCAGCAGGAGAAUUUCACCGAGGUGGCCCGCAGCCGAGAUGUAGAGGUACUGGAAGGCAAACCUAUCUAUGCAGACUGCUUUGGAAAUCUUGUUCCCCUCACCAAAAGUGGCCAGCACCAUCUCUUCAGCUUCUUUGCCUUUAAGGAGAACAGAUUAGCACUCUUCAUCAAAAUCAGAGACAACACUCAGGAGCCGUGUGGCCGUCUGUCCUUUAUGAAAGAACCCAGGAACUACAGGUCACUCACCCAAAAUGCCAUAUGCAACCUUAAUAUCACUCUCCCAUCGUACUGCAAGGAGUCCGAUUCAGACCAAGAGCAAGAGGAAGAGAAAGAUCAGACAUCCCCUGAAAAUCCACAGGAUGAAGAAGAAAGAAAAGAGCAACGGUUGGCCAUUAUAGCUGACCAUCUGGGAUUCAGCUGGACAGAGUUGGCACGUGAACUGGACUUCAGUGAGGAGAGGAUCAACCUGAUAAGGAUUGAAAACCCCAACUCACUUCAAGACCAAAGCCAUGCCCUUUUGAAACUCUGGGCAGAGAGGGAGGGAAAGCAUGCCGCAGAAACAACACUGAUCAAAAGACUGACGAAGAUCAACCGAAUGGACAUUGUUCACCUCAUUGAAACCAAGAUAAUCAAGUCCACUCAAGAGGAGACAUCAUCACACACCUAUGCAGAAAUAGAGCGGACCAUAGCACUGGAUCAUAGUGAAGGUUUCUCUGCCCUUCAUGAAGACAUUGACAGCCCCAGGCCAGGCAGGCGUACAGAGGCCACAUGCAGGAGUGCAGGCUCAGGACAAGAAGUACCCAUGGUGUCUGCAGAGGACCUGUCCUCCAGUUUGUCAUCACUUCAUGAGACAAUGGGAAGAUCAGAGACAGAUUCCACAGCAACAGGCCUUCUUAGAAAUGCCCAGAAGGAGAAACUACAAAAAGAGAUGGCAACAACAUACUCAUCACAAAGAGUAUAUGAGGAAUUGACAGACACAGUGCACAAAAGCAGUUUUAAACAAGAGAUAGCAGAGGAACUAGGGGUGCUGUCCUCUGAUAGCUCAGAGGAGGAGGUGUUGACCACCAGGGUGGUCCGGCGCAGAAUUAUCAUUCAGGCAGAUAACCUCCCAGAUAUCCCACCACAGACUGUCACAGAGGAGAAGUACACAGAUGAGGAUGGCAACAUGGUAGUUAAGAAAAUCACACGGAAGGUGGUUCGUAAAUAUGUGUCAGCUGAUGGCAUGGAGACACAGGAAGUGACCAUUGAGGGCUCUCGCCAGGAGACGGUGCAGAUCGAGGAGGGAGACACUGUCUCCAGAGUGGUAAAGAGAACUGUGCUUCACAGUGAGGGAGAUCAGAAAGAGCUGACCUUCUCGGAGCCCCUGGCCCUGGGCACCGCCACCGUAUCAGAAUUUGAGGUCGAGCCAGUGCAAGGUCGAAAGGUCAGCAAGGUUGUCAAGACAACGGUAGUGAGAGGCGAGAGGAUGGAGAAGACGACGGGGGACCCCUCACUGGCUGCAGAUCUCCCCUCAGCCAGAGAAGACUUUGAGAAGGCAUUGAGUUAUGCUGGAGGCUUUGGGAAAGUGCUCCUGCCUCAUGUAGUAGAGAAAGAGAUUGUGCAGGACGACGGUUCUGUGGUUAAAAGAAGCCAGAUGCGUAAGUCGCGAACCCAGAAGAGGACUGUGGUGAGGGACGCCCUGGGGAAGCACGUGCACCUGGAGCGUCUGGACGACACCCCGGAGGCCCUGCAGCCCGACGCCCUGCAGCAGCACCUGCACCGACUGCUCCAACGCUACUGUGAGGAGGAGGAGGAGGAGGAGGAGGAGGAGGAAGAGGAGGAGGAGAACUUUGACUGAGCAGCUGCUUCCUCCCUACAUCUUCCACUGAAGCCUUUGGUGACGUACUCUGCUUCUUCAGAUCAAGAUGUUCCAGAUCUCCUUCUUGUUGUCCUCGCUGAUCACUGGAUUUAAGUUUUCCCCUCUUCCUCUUUUUGUCAAAUAAUGGAACAGUGUUUUCGUGCUCCUCCGCUCUUCCUUCCUUCACAUCGUGUUUCAUUUGCUCUUUUUGUGACCAAAGAUAGCUCCCUUCUCUUUUGUCGGACGAGGAUUUUUGUUUUUACCUUUUGGCUGCUGCGGCGUGAUGACGGUGCGACGCACCAAAGGUGGAUCAGAGUCUGAGGGGGCAUCUCGGACGUUUCGCCUCACGCAUGGGCCUCUUCUCGAAGAACUCUUGUAAACAUUUGUACAUAAAGGAGAAGAAAAAAAUCACGCUUGGACUGGGGGAAAAAAAAAAAAAAUUCAAAGCAUUUAAUACAUUAGCCCACCUAAACCUGCUGUACAUGCACCGAUUCAGCUGGAGAAUGGCCACCGUACAGAUGAGAUUAAUGUUACAUAGAGAACCAUUUGGAGGAGUGAAUGUGUCUAUCAUCGUGGACUCUUUAUACAGCCAAACAUGACCCCGCUGAGCUGUGUGAUCACACCUUUUGUCAUCCCAUGAUGCAUCUGCCCUUUCUUUGUUCACGAUGUGUGUCGUGCAUUCACAUAUUACCUGUCACAGAGCUGCCGCCUCUGUGUUUGUAUAUACAGUGUGUUUACUGAGCUGCAGAUCGAGCACUUACCCCGCUGUCCUCGUAGCCCUCCACCUGCACACGUGCUGCUUCUCCUCACCUCAAGCUGCAGUAAAACUGUCCUCCAUCAAGCCUUUUAAAGGGUAAGGCUGCCUGUAUUUCUCCUUUGUCAACAAAUCUCAUGUAUAGAGCCAAACCAACAAGUCACGGAUCCUCCGAACAUUUGCUGUGUGUGUUGUUCUUCUGUGCAAGAGAGCUCCGCUGUUCAAAAACACGUCAUGAGUGACAUGUUUCUUUGUUACCAUGAGUUAAUUAGUGGCCAUGUUCUAACUGAAAGGUGUCCUCUGUGGCUCUGGAGGAGCAGUAACCGUGAUGAUGUCAUAGUGAUGUCACCAGGGUUUGAAAGAUGCAGGUGUUAAUCAGGCAGGGAGGUUCUAAUGAAAGGAUGCUGUUGAGUUGCAUUGUGGGAAAUGUAGGAUUUGGGAUUUUGGGAGGAGAGCUCAGCCUCGGCUGCGUCAGUUUUCUUUUAAAAGUCCAACAAAUUCAUGGAAGUGCUUUGACCCUUUAAGGUCGUAAGAACGUCCUCUUGUCUCAUCAUCAAGAGUUUAAUAAUUUAUUACUUCUCUUUUAUCGUACAUCAUGGCUCAUAUCAAGGAGGAUAGAAGAGAUUUUAGCUUGGUAUUGCUGUCUGUCGUCUUUAACCAAUUAUCAUAUUUUAAUAUAAUUUUUGUCUGUCAGUUUAACUUCUAUUCAAUCGUGCUGCAAAUCAAUCGCUGUGUGUCGAGGAGAUAUUAUGUUUUUAUUUUCAUGUGAGCUUUAAUGGCAUAAGUUCCAGUUUUCCCUGAAACAUGUAGGAUACUUAAUUAUUCUGCUAAUUCUGCGGCUUUGUCAUUAAAAUCAAUUACUGUUCAAUAAUGAAUCAAAUGCUUGUGUCGGGGCUGGAGAGGCAGGUCACCUCACUGCAGGAAAAACGUGCCUCACAUCCUCAGAAACGAAUGCAGUUAAACGCACUGGUUUGUGUUGACCACUGAAAAUUGGGUUAGGGUUAGUAACUGAGCCCUUUUUAAAAAUCAAACUUUAUAUUCGCGAGCUGUUUUUAAGGAUUGUGGGGCUCUGAGUUGGAAGGAAGUCUGAUUUAGCAAGAGAUGGGUUAUCACAUUGUUGGUUUUUGUCUUCUCAUGGGGUUUGUUGACAAAAGGAAAAAUAGAGAAUAACAGCUGACUUAUCCUUUAAGUUUUUAGACACCCCACAUAACGUAGAGCUUCGACUGCUGUCGCUUAUUUGACUUUUUCCUCAUCACUGCUAUCAAAGGAUCGACACAGCUUCAAAUCCGAAGGCCGACUUCCACUGAUUCACUUCACAAAUGCGUAUUUCCUUAUUUAUUUGCCGUCAAUUUGUGAUCCCUGUAUGCUCCAGCUGGUGUAAGCUGAGAGUGGUGUGUGUGUUUGGGUGUGUGUUUGAAUGUGUCC